AUGAAGUCGUUCGGUUUCUGCGCCGUGCUGUUGGCACCGUUGUCCGCCUUGGUCCACUCCUUUCCAACGGCCGAGAACUUUGCCAAGCUGGCGCAACGCGGCCUGCUGGAUACGUCCGACCUUACGCCGGAAGCCUUGCACGAGAGCCUGCUGAGGAUCAAGAACAAGAGGCUGCUCUUCGACCCUAUGACCAGCCCCAUCGACGUCAGCGGUGACCACGCUUUCCAGGCGCCCGAUCUUGACAACGGUGACCAGCGUGGGCCCUGUGCCGGUCUGAAUGCUCUGGCCAACCAUGGCUACAUUCCACACGAUGGCGUUGUCGGAACCUUGGAGUUGAUCGAAGCGGUAAACACAGUGUACGGCAUGGGCGUCGAUCUGGUCACUAUUCUCGCAGUCAUGGGAACCGUGGGCGUUGGCGACCCUCUGUCCCUGAACCCUGGAUUCUCCAUCGGUGGCGAGUCCAAGAAGGUCUCCAACAUCCUGGGAAACCUUCUCGGCCUGCUUGGCACGCCUAGAGGUCUCGAUGGCGCUCACAACUGGAUCGAGAGUGACUCGUCGGGCACGCGCGAUGAUCUCUAUGUCACUGGGAACAGUUGGACCAUGAACAUGACCUUGUUCAGGGAAGUCUACGAUGGCAUCGACGGAGCCAUGACUCUGGACGACAUUGGUGCCCGGGCCGCCCAGCGGUUCAAUGAAAGCAUCUCCAUCAACCCCUGGUUCUACUAUGGCCCGUAUACCGGCAUGGUGGCCCGCAAUGCAGGCUACGUCUUCAUUGGACGCAUUUUGAGCAACCACUCUGCAGAAUAUCCGCGGGGAAACAACAUAACCAAGGAGGUGUUCGCCAGCUUCUACGGCGUGUACGAGGAAGACGGCGAGCUGGUCUACAAGGAGGGCUGGGAGCAGAUCCCCGAAAACUGGUUCCGUCUCCAAGUCGAUUACGGCCUGGUGGACCUCAACAUGGACCUCGUCACCUGGUUGACCAAGUACCCCGUGCUGGCGAGCAUUGGUGGCAACCUGGGCAAGACGAACAGUUUCGCGGGCUUGAACUUGGAUGAUAUCUCUGGCGGCCUGGUCAACUCGGCAUCCCUCCUGGAAGGGAACAACCUCCUCUGCUUCGCUCUUGAGAUCGUCAAGACCUUCUCGCCCAACUCGCUUUCGACGCUCUUCGCCACCCUCGCGACUCCUCUUAAGCUUGUCAACGAUGCGCUCGUGGAUCCCAUUCUCGAUCUCUCUUGCCCGAGCUGGGACGACCUGACGGUGAAUGGGACAGACCUCCUGACUCACCUCGUUGAUACCUAUCCCGGUGCAAGCAAGAGUGGGCUUGCCCUAUAA